AUGGAAGAAGAAGGAAGAUUUGAAGCUGAAGUAGCAGAGGUACAAGCAUGUUGGAACUCAGAAAGAUUCAAGCUCACCCGCAGGCCAUAUUCAGUAAGAGACGUAGUCGCACUGCGCGGUAAUCUCAAACAGAAUUAUGGAUCGAAUGAAUUGGCCAAGAAACUCUGGAGGACUCUCAAAACACACCAAGCCAAUGGCACAGCAUCAAGAACCUUUGGUUCACUUGAUCCUGUGCAAGUUACAAUGAUGGCCAAGCAUUUGGAUACAAUCUAUGUCUCCGGUUGGCAAUGCUCAUCCACUCACACGACCAGCAACGAACCAGGCCCUGAUCUUGCCUAUUAUCCAUAUGAUACUGUCCCCAACAAAGUCGAGCAUCUUUUCUUCGCGCAGCAGUAUCAUGAUCGGAAGCAAAGAGAGGCAAGGAUGAACAUGAGCAGGGAAGAGAGGGCGAGGACUCCGUAUGUUGACUACUUGAAGCCGAUUAUUGCAGAUGGUGAUACCGGAUGUGGUGGCGCUACUGCUACUGUUAAGCUCUGCAAGUUGUUCGUUGAGCGUGGUGCAGCCGGGGUCCACAUUGAGGAUCAGUCCUUAGGGACGAAAAAAUGUGGGCACAUGGCUGGGAAGGUGCUCGUGGCGGUCAGUGAACACAUCAAUAGGCUAGUGGCUGCCAGGUUGCAGUUUGAUAUUAUGGGCGUUGAAACUGUUUUGGUGGCUCGUACCGAUGCUGUUGCAGCGACGUUGAUCCAAACCAAUGUCGAUACACAGGAUCAUCAGUUCAUUUUGGGUGUAACGAACCCAAAUCUUAAAGGGAAGCCUUUAGCUACUCUGCUAACAGAGGCAAUAGCAGCUGGUAAAACAGGGUCGGAACUUCAAACGAUCGAGGAUAACUGGCUGGCAAUGGCAAGGUUGAAGACUUUUUCAGAAUGUGUUGUUGAUGCUAUCAGGAAUUUGAACAUCGGAGACGCUGAGAAGCAGAGGAGGUUGAAUGAGUGGAUGAACCAUUCAAGCUACGACAAAUCAAUUGUCCGUGGCUGGGCUUUCGCCCCUCAUUCCGACUUAAUCUGGAUGGAAACAUCAAGCCCUGACUUGGUCGAGUGCACCAAAUUCGCUGACGGCGUCAAGUCUAUGCACCCACAGAUAAUGCUGGCUUACAAUCUAUCCCCUUCUUUCAACUGGGACGCGUCUGGAAUGAACGAUCAGCAGAUGAUAGAUUUCAUUCCGAGGAUCGCCAAACUAGGCUAUUGUUGGCAGUUCAUUACUCUUGCCGGAUUCCAUGCUGACGCCCUCAUUAUCGAUACUUUUGCUAAAGAUUUUGCACGACGGGGAAUGUUGGCAUACGUUGAGAAAAUCCAGAGGGAGGAGAGGAAACAUGGAGUUGACACAUUGGCUCAUCAGAAAUGGUCUGGUGCAAAUUACUAUGACAGAGUCUUGAGGACUGUCCAGGGAGGAAUCACUUCAACUGCUGCUAUGGGCAAAGGGGUGACUGAAGAACAAUUUCAAGAGACAUGGUCAAGACCGGGAAACGACGACUAUGGCAACCAACAAAGCCAGAAUGUAGAUACCCGAAUGUGGUUUAUGGGAGCUUGA